CGUCGCGGUAGCACGCAGGCUCGCCAUUUUUCGCAGCUCUUUGUGCGCCACUGCCUGCUAAGAGUUUGCGUGUUUUAACUGAGCAAAUUCUCAGUUUCGGGUAUUCAUUAAGUUGUGAAAGAUGCAGGGAAACCGAGGCCCCCAGCAGAAUCACGGCCCCAAUCGCCAGGCAGACCACAAAAAACCCGGGGGAUCAAACACAAAUGGCCAGCAGCCUGCCGAGCAGACCGACCCCAAUGAGGCCUUAACCCUGGACCUGCAGAGCUUCAGGAAGCCGGGGGAGAAAACCUUCACACAGCGCAGCAGGCUCUUUGUGGGAAACUUACCGAGCGGAGUCACCGAGGAGGAUCUGGAGAAGAUGUUCGCCAAGUACGGCAAGGCCAGUGAAAUCUUCAUCAACAAGGAGAGGGGCUUUGGCUUCAUCCGGCUGGAGACGAGGAUCAUAGCUGAGAUCGCCAGAGCCGAGCUGGACGACACCCCCUUUAAAGGCAGGCCCAUACGGGUGAGGUUUGCAACACACGGUGCAGCUUUGACAGUGAAAAAUCUGCCUGACUUUGUGUCCAACGAGUUGCUGGAGGAGGCCUUCGCUGGGUUUGGUCAGAUAGAAAGAGCUGUGGUCAUAGUGGAUGACCGAGGGAGGCCAACAGGGAAGGGAAUAGUGGAGUACACCUCAAAGCCAGCUGCGAGAAAGGCUUUGGAUAAGUGUGGUGAUGGUGCCUAUCUUCUCACAGCCUUCCCUCGACCUGUCACAGUGGAGCCUAUGGAACAGUUGGACGACGAGGAGGGUCUGUCAGAAAAGUUGAUAAACAAAAACCAGCAAUACCACAAAGAGCGCGAGCAGCCCCCGAGGUUUGCUCAGCCGGGUUCUUUCGAGUACGAGUACGCCAUGCGCUGGAAGGCCCUGAUGGAGAUGGAGAAGCAGCAGUACGAAAUGGUGGACCGCAACAUGAAGGAGGCGCAGGAGAAGCUGGAGGCCGAGAUGGAAGCGGCCAGGCAUGAGCACCAGGUCAUGCUGAUGAGACAGGACCUGCUGAGGCGGCAGGAGGAGCUGCGAAGGAUGGAGGAGCUCCACAAUCAGGAGGUGCAGAAGAGGAAACAGGCCGAGAUCCGACAGGAGGAGGAGCGCAGGAGGAGGGAGGAGGAGAUGAGGAUGCGCAAUGAGGAGUUGAUGAAGAGGCAGCAGGAGGGCUUCAGGGGUAACUUCUCUGAAAACAGGGAGCAAGAAAUCAGGAUGCAUAUGGGCAACCACGGGAUGCCAAUGAACAGAAACUCUCUGGGUGGAAAUUCUGGUCCUGCUGGAACUCCAGGCAUGGCUGCUGAAAACGCCCCCUUGAUGGCCGGCCCAGGAAACAACAACAUGGCCGGAGGAGUACAGGGGGGCUUCCCCAGAGGCGUCCCUGCCCCUGGAGACUAUGGACCUAACAAGCAACGCAGAUUUUGAAGCACAUGUCUAAUCUCUCCCCUUUUCAUACUUACUGUAUUUUGAAGUUCAUGUAGUGAGUGUUACUUAAUGAACUUUAAAACACUGUUGCAUGUUUUUUUUUUGUUUUUUUUUUACUUUUUAUUUGUACUUUCAAGUUCUGUUUUAGAACAAA